UCCACAUUAAUAUGCGUAGACGAAUAUGUGUAAACUAAUAAAUGUAGCAGGCAAAUGUGGUCUAAAGAUCAAUGACGAAAAAACGGAGUAUGUCAUAAUUGGAAGAAGAAGUAGAGAAUACCAACAAGGAGAGUUUAUGGAAAUAGAUAACUAUAAGUUUAAGAGAGCGUCACAUUUUAAAUAUCUAGGAUCUAUAAUAACACAAGAUAGUGACCUUAAGAUGGAGAUGGACUCUAGGAUUCUAGUGGGAAAUAGGUGCUUUUUUGGCUUAGGGAGUAUGUUUAGCUCAAAAAUCUUGUCGACAAAAUUAAAAAUACAAUUAUACAUGACCCUGAUAAGACCAGUAGUUUUAUAUGGCUCUGAGACGUGGACACUGAGAAAGGUAGAAGAAAAAAGACUUGCGGUGUUUGAACGAAAAAUCCUAAGAAGAAUCUAUGGACCAUGUAUCGAUUCUGACACUAGAGAAUGGAGGAUACGCCACAAUGAUGAACUGAAGAACUUGUUUCAAAAACCAGACAUUAUAUCCGAAAUUAAUAGGAGAAGAUUAAUGUGGGCUGGACAUGCCUGGAGGAAAUAGGGCUCUUUCAUUAAGGCGGUUAUUAAAGAAAAUCCGACUGGGAAAAGAACCGCGUUAGGAAGACCGCGUUUACGAUGGGAGGAUCGUAUCAAAAAGGAUGUUAAAGCAGUAGAACCAAAUACACAGCGGAGAGAAGCUGCAGAGGAUAGGGAAAGAUGGCGACAAAUUUGUUUGCAGGGAUGGUCUUGAAGGCCGNCAAGAAGAAGAAGAAGAAGAAGAAGAAGAAGUAGACGAAUAUCGUCUAUUCGAGACUAUGCUCGGAGCGGCGGCGCUACUGCCGGCGUACACGCAUUUCAAGUGCAAUGAGCCGGAAUGAAAAUCGAAAAUGGCGUUGAACAAAGCCCGAAGAUUCGAUAAUCGUAAU